AUGACAACUUCAUCCAAAAGAAGAAGAAGAUCUGAAUCGACAGCUUCAGCUGAGCCUAUAGAGUUCAGCAAGGAUCAGUAUUAUAUUCUCAUGGAGAUCAAGGAUCAGCACGAGCUGAAGGCACCAGCAGAAAUGAAGACGCCCUACAGAAACAGGGAUAAAAGCAAAUACUGCCAUUAUCACAAAGAUUGUGGUCAUGAGACGAACGAGUGUAAACAUUUGAAAAGAGCUUUGGAAGACUUGGCUUGUAAAGGCAAGAUGAACUCUUAUCUACCUCAGUCAAGUAGAAAAUUCCAGAAGAAGGAUAACCGUCAGGGAAGAAGAAAAGAUGAUGAAAGCACUGAUGAAGAUGUAGUGAUGGUAAUUUCUGGAGGAUUUGCAGCUGGGGGCCCUACGAAUUGUGGCCACAAGAAUUAUUUGCGGGAACUCAGCCAGGUGAUGCUUACCAACCAGGCAGAGUCUGAUCCUUUCCCCAAAAUUAUGGUCAGCGAGCAGGAUAGGGGGAAGAUAAGAACACCUCAUGAUGACCCACUGGUGGUAGAAAUGAAAAUUGCGAAUCUCAGGGUAAGACGGAUCCUGAUUGAUAUAGGAAGUUCUACCGAUAUCAUCAGUGCGGAUUAUCUCUCAAGGUUAAAGUUUGAUGAAAGCAACUUGGUACCUGUCAAUCAUCCUAUUAUCGGAUUCGGUGGGGGAGUCAUUCAUCCUAUGGGUACAGUCACUCUACCCGUCAGGGUAGGAGAUAAAGAGGCCGCUCGAAUGCUCUUUGUGAAAUUCUUGGUGGUACGAGAUUUAACAGCCAAUAAUGUCAUCCUCGGACGACCCACCUUGAACCACAUCAAAGCUGUCAUUGUGACUCAUCUGAUGCUUAUGAAAUUCGAGUGUGAUGGAGGAAAGAUUGGAUCCUUAUAUGGUGAUUAG